AGCGUGACCUUUGUUCCGCACAACGACUCCUGGCGCCUGUGCAACGACUUGCUGCGCCUGCAGCAGGUCCAGCAAGACCACACCGACCGCCUUCUACGCCUUGAACGUCGCCAGGACGACGACGCCAGGAUGAAGUCGGUCUGGGGCGCCACAUCUCCCUUUCCGAGCGUCCUGAGUGGCACUCCUCAACAUGCUCCCAUCCACCACCUUAAGGACUUUGAUGAUGAACCCGUCAAUCUGAUCGGCAGCCUCCACCUCGACCCGGAUGAAGAGCCUCGUCGCAUGGGUGCAACCUCUCGUGCCAACAGCGUCCGCUUUGACGAAUCUGCCAAUCAAGGCCACUGGGCUCACGCUUCACGAUCCUCGAUUGAUUUCCUUCCUCGCAGUGCAAGCAGCUUGGCCGGACUCGGCAUGACUGAGCGCACUUCGUCUCACAAGUCUGACGGACGUGCCAGCUCCGUUCAUUCGGUCAGGUCUGCCGCUUCGGGCCGUGCUAGUAGCAUCAAUCUAGAUACUGGCUAUGCUUCUCCCGUCGACACGCCAGCAAUCGCACCCGGUUUACUAAUCUUGGGCCCUGUCCCAGCCAUUGUGCGUUGUUGGAUCAACACGAACUUCAAGCAUGACGCCCUUCUAUACGCCGCCGUGUCCACCGCAUCGUACAGGUCCCAGAUAGAUGAAUGUCUAGUCCAGCAACUAGGCUUGGAGGACUUCGUAGUGGAGAGCGCUUCUGGUACGAGAUUGCUUGCCCUAUCCGUCUACUUCGCCGAGGCCAUCCCACAUCCCAUCUCAGCACGGUCCAGUAGUCCAGCACCACAGGUUCCCUCAGUCUCAGUUGAGUUCAACAUAGUCGCCUCUACGCAACCAGACCUUGACUCCAAGGCUAUUCAAAUAGUCAUUGGCAGUGAUGUGCUUCGGUCACACAACGCCGACAUAUUGUUUUCGUCCAACAGCAUGACUCUCUUUGACGACGAUCAAUGCAAGCUGUCCAUUCCUCUGGUUCGUCCUGAGAAUGAGGCGACCUUCAACUCCUUGUUUAUCUCGUCUUCACAGCCCCCAAAGCCUCGAGAGAUGAUGCCAGAAGAACAGACUCUCAAUGGACUGGGUCAAACAGAACCAAAUACUCCAUCCAACGAGUUGACACUCGAACAUGAGCCUUUGCAGCCGGUAAACGACACUCUUCGAGGACCAGCCGGAAAACCAAUAGUUGAGGAAAGCCUCAGUGCUAGUAGGUUACAAACAUCUGCUUCAAGGAUCGUUCGAUCAGAGAACAAGGAAUCUACAGCCUCGACACAAGUCCCACCAUCUGCACCGUCAGCUUCAUCACCAUCGAUCUGGAGCAAUUGGCGUCGUGAAACCUCAAACCAAAACAAUGGUUCAGAGGUGGGAGAAACUACAUCCAAGAUCAAAGACAGUGGCUACCAACGGCGAGAUGCUGGUAUCAAAGUGCUAAGGCCGACAAGAAGCAGUGGGCGCACAUUUUCAAGUGGCUCGGUAGCAUCAUCGCCGGCUGGAGAAGGAAGAUCGCGUUAUUUUGACGAUGGAAAGAAGAAGGGGCCGGACACUGUUGCGGUAAGACGAGGAGCAAUCCAGCAGGAGGAGGCUCGGCUUUCUCUUGGUUACACUCGGGAAAUAGGGCCUGAGGCAACGAGUGCAAUAGCAUGUGCGAAAUCAUGCCUCGAUGGAGAUGACAAGCCCGAAGAGGCAGAGGUCAGAUUAGAACAAGGCAUGUCUAUUAAUGGUCAAUUGAUGCCUUUUGCAUGGGUUUGCAAGCAAAAGGUCAUUAAGAAAAGUGAAGCGACGAACGGCAGUCUGUUUGUUGUUGCUACAGUCACAAGGUUCUCGCUGGGCAGAAAGAGAGAAGCGCACCGUGACACUUGGAUGCAGAUCACGUCUCGUUCAAGCCACACCCCAGGUACCGGAGGCAGAUCAAAAAUCUACGUCAGGAAGCAAAGCCGUGGCCGCGUGGUUGCAGCACAAUUUCCAUCUCGUUGGCAGCAGAACAAUCGAGUGCAGCAACCCUCGCCGGACCUCUUGUCGNCACUGCCCUCCAGCGGCGGCUCCCCCAGCUUCAAGACGGCGUCCUCAAAGAAGCAGAAAGUCGUCCACUCUGACUCUGCCACAGACAAUCCGAGACACGCAUACCAUCACACUGUGCAUGACCCUGACCGCCAGCCCUCAUCGCCGCAAUCUUCAUCCUCGCCCUCCAGCAACCAAGCAGGACACACUCCUUCGUCGCCGCCGCGCUACAUCCCUCCCCAUCUGCACCUUGAUUCGCGAGGCAGCUCUCCCAGCGACGCCUACGCCCAGCUGAACUUGGCCGAAGACAUGUCCCAUUCCACCAACCAUGGAGAUGCCGACGCUCUCAAUCCGACACAACGCCCUGCCUCGCCGGCCAAGCGAUCUGCUGCCACCAUGGAAGGCAUUGACUCUGCUCAAGACAACACCAUGCUGAAUGCACCAGCAGAUGCGCCUCCGUCAUACGCUGCCCACCAACACGACGCCAGUCCAUCGCCCACACCGAGCAUCGAAGAGCAGGUUGCGCACAUUCAGUCUCUACUCAACACACCCCUAGAAGACGGUUCAAAAGGUUUCAUUGUCGCUUCCAAAUGGUUCAAUCGAGUAGUGGCUAGAACUGAAGGCGCAAACCAGAAGGAUUACGAUGCCGAAAUGUUGCAAGGAGAGAUUGGCAACAUCGACAACUCUUCCGUUGUUACCGCUGGUGCAUUCGAAAACCCUCUGGCCUUUCCAGGCAAGCCGGAUCAGCAGUUCAUCCCUCUGCGCGCCGACGUAGAGAGAAUUGCCGACUACGAGAUAUUCACCGAGAGAGCAUGGUGUCAAGUCGUCGCGUGGUAUGGCACUACGGACGGCCAGAGACCCAUCAUGCGUUUUGCACACAACUCGGCACCUGAGGGCUCAACAUCGGCCCACAUUGUGUAUGAACUGAAUCCGCCAGUCUUCACUGUACGCAAAGUACCGAGUGCCAAUCAAAACACUCCAGACGAUGUCGGUGCUGUCAAACUGGUUGCCUCGCGGACUGAGCGCUUCCAAAGCUUCCUAGCUCGUGCAAAGGAAGCUGCUGGUAUUCCUUUGCAGCACAAGGUCAAGAUCUUCAGGCAGCUGGACCCUACAAAGGUUUCUGGUGACAUGCCCGACAUCUCUCAACCAGGCAUUCCGAGCCCUCCGACCUCAAGGGAUCCUUCACCAUCCCCUCCCGCUCCUUCGAAGCUUGUCAUUGAGAGCUCGGCUUUUGCCAGAUGGACAGAGGGAACCAACUUCGAGUCUGUUGAUGGCCAAGACCACACUGCAAAUGAGAAGUACAAUGGAAAACUGGACCUGGAGACACUUGGCUUGAUUUCGGAUCAGACUCUGAUUCUGGAGGAGCAGCAACGUGGAUCAGAGUUUGCUUCAGAUGUGGCCAAGAAGGGGAAGAAGAACAAUUCUCAGCUCUCUCUAUCGGAGAGUGCCAGUAAACGUACCAGUCCUGCUCCUACAGCUCCCGUCACACGAGGACGUGCCCGCAAGGAUGGCAGAACCCGUGGUACCAUUGGUCUGACCAACCUCGGCAAUACGUGCUACAUGAAUUCGGCUCUGCAAUGCAUAAGUAGAGUCGAGGAGCUGGCCGUCUACUUUCUUCAUCAGAAACACAAGCCUGAGAUUAAUGCCGACAACCCGCUUGGUUACAAUGGUAAGAUCGCAAAUGCCUACGCCAACUUCCUCGCUGGGCUCUAUAGUGACAAUGCCACUUCUGCCUACCGACCUGGUGGCUUCAAGGGCGCCCUCUCUAUGGCUCAGCCCAUGUUCUCAGGUUAUGGUCAGCAAGACUCGCAGGAGUUUUUGAGUUUUCUCGUCGAUGCUCUACACGAAGACCUCAACCGCAUUCACAAAAAGCCAUACAUUGAGAAUCCAGAUUCAGAUGACAAGACUGUCCAUGAUCCCGAGGCUAUCAGGCAGCUCGGUGAUACCUACAGAGCGAAUCAUCAUGCCCGCAACGACUCUAUUGCUAUGGAUCUUUUCAAUGGCUUCUACAAGAACACCAUGGUCUGUCCCGACUGUGACAAAGUCAGUGUGACCUUUGAUCCUUAUUCUCUUCUUACUCUCCAACUGCCGAUUGAAAACACUUGGCAGGCGAAGAUCAUGUUCAUGCCCGUCACUGGGUACCCUUCUGCUUUCGAGAUUGAUGUUGAGAAGAACAUCUCCAUCAGGGCACUCAAGGAUAUCUUUGUUGGUAAAAUCGGUCGUGGACUUACCCGUGAGAGGCUCAUCUUUGCCGAAAUGUUUAGUCAUCGAUUUUACAAGAUUGGAUACGACAGUCAAACUCUCUCGGAGCUUGAAUUCUCAAACAACGAUGUUCUCUGUAUGUACGAGCUCCCAGAGGCUCCGACAAAUGCAGCCUUUAUGCCGAAGAAACAGUCAACUUAUCGUUCCUUCUACCACGAUGCGCCUGAGAACACUCUGCCAGGAAUGGAUUCGCCUCUUGCAGAGACUAUGGCGGUACCCGUCUUCCAUUCUAAACUAGACAAACGCUCGUCAGGCCUCGUCCUCAAUCCAACUCUGGUGACUAUCACAAGAAAAGAGGCCAAAGACUAUGAUGCAGUUCAAAAAAGNGUGCUUGCUUCGGUUGCGACAAUGACCACAAAGCACAUCCUCGAGGAUUUGUCGAACAAGCCAGAUCAACACAGCUCGACACAAGAUGAGCAGCCUGAUGUUGACGUUUCUAUGCGCGACGGUAGUCAAACGCCCUCAGCACAAUCGUCAGAAGCCUUGCAGUCUGCGGACUCCAUCUCCCACGACCCCAGGAACAUGUUUGAGCUCAAGUAUAUCCAAGCUACCGGCGACAUGUUCAUGACCGGAACGAAUAGUAUCGGUAACGGUCACGUCAUGCAAAGCCGUGUCCGCGCUGUUGAACGACGUAGAGGCAGCACCACUUCAGUCACUUCAAACACCUCUGGCAGAAGCAAAGACUCUGGCUACGAUGGUCAAGGUAGAAGCUCGUCCGAAAGCGAUGAAGAUGCUGAUCCAAUGGUGGAGUCGUUCAAGGCCAACGCCCAGAACACAUUUUCUGGCGAUGUGCAGAGCGACGAGGAAUCAGGCAUGGGCUCGCUUGAACAAUUGUCAGCCAAGGACAACCGCAGACGUAAGUUCCAUCAAAAACAGGCGAGGAAGACGUAUUCACGCAAAGGCGGUCGUCCAAACAAGAAAACCCUAGCGCGUUCUAACGUACUUCGCUCUACAGCAGCAGACGAACCAGCAGACAACAACGAGUUCUAUGUCAAACUCGGCGAAGGCAUCGUGAUCGAGUGGCAGGCAGACGCCUUCGAGUUGCUAUUUGGCGGCGGUAACGGUAAUGGCCAGUUCACAUUCAACGAGAAGGAUGUCCCUUUGGUAGACGAUGCCGAGCUCCAAGUGAAGAGAAACAAGCGUAUGCAACGCAAGAAGAACGGCAUCACUCUUGACGAUUGCUUCACCGAGACCGGCAAGACUGAGGUGUUGUCGGAGGACAACGCAUGGUACUGUGGCAGGUGCAAAGAACUUCGCCGUGCCAGUAAGACAUUGGAGCUUUGGACUGUUCCCGACAUCCUUGUCGUCCACCUCAAGCGCUUCAGCGGCGAACGCUUCAGGCGUGACAAGGUUGAUGUCCUUGUCGACUUCCCGAUCGAAGGACUCGACUUGACCAAGAGGAUCGGAUGCAAGGAAGAAGGCAAAGAAUAUAUCUACGACUUGUUUGCUGUCGACAACCAUUAUGGUGGUCUUGGUGGUGGACAUUACACAGCCUACGCCAAGAACUUCUAUGAUGGUAACUGGUACGAUUACAAUGGUAAGAGCAAGACAGAAUUAUUACUCAACAUUUUACGAUUGCUAACUCGUGAGCANGAUUCCUCCGUCAGUCGACAAAAUGCAGAAGGUGUCGUGUCGACAGCCGCGUACUUGCUCUUCUACCGUCGCCGCUCGUCGACGCCUCUGGGUCCUGCAUACCUGCAAGAGUUGGUUCUCAAGGCACGCAACCCCGACGAAGCCUCGGAUGCAGAGGAAGAGUCNGGGGAAGGCGAGCGUCUCGGCGACCACUCCUCGGCUACCUCUCGCCUGCCUGGGUCGUUGGACGCUGGAGCAGUCGGAGCAGGAGCCACGAUCACCGGGACGCUUCAUCAGGGACCCAACGGAGGUGGCCCUGGCAGAGGAGUGAGCCAGGCAGUGAGAUUGACGAAUGAGACGGAUGACGAUGAGGGCAUCUCUCUCAACGACGAGCUCUACAGUAAUGACAACAACAACAACAACAACAACAACAACAACAACAACAACAACAACAACAACAACAACAACGUCACUGCCGCUGCACUGGCCAACCAGGAAGCCACCUGGGGGUUCGAUGGCUUGGGCGAAGAUGAUAACACCACCUCGGUCAACACGCCUGCGGCCUCUGACCGUCCAGAUGUUGGCUCGGAUGUCGAGGAUCGGUUCAUGGAUCUGGAUCAUGACGCGUACGACAACGACGACUCGAUGCCAGCAUUGAUGGAUGAUGACCAAACGCAAUUCGACGGAGCAAUCGCCAGCGUACAUCGAGACGGGUAG